AUGACGUCUCCAAUUGGAACUUUUUUCCGACCUAGUAAGUGAGCUACUUACUUUCUCCACGUAUCUCAUUUGCUCACAUUUAUUAUUAAGUGUUUAUAUUUUGACCGAGAGGAUUUAUGCAAAUCUCGAAAAUAAAUAGGUGUAAGUAUUAAAUGGCAAGUUUCCAGAUUGCUUUUAUGGGUGGAUUUUAGGCAGUUAUUGGCAUUGCAGCCCGUUUAGAGCAAUUGCCGUGUGACAUACAUGGCACAACAGCCAACCUUAAAUUAUUGCUUCUCCCCAGUUUGGCUUUGUACCUACAAAGGGCUUGUGAGGUCUACUGCUCCAAGAGCCACUAUUGUAAAUUAUGUGUAUUAACCUAUGUUAUUUCUGUUUUAACAGGUACAUCUUCUGCAACCAGGGACGUAGAAGAAAUACCUUCCAGAGAUUUAGAACUUACUGCGCCUGUUGCAGAAGCCUCGACUCAUAGCACACCUGCACUUGCAACCGAAUCUCCCUUGAUGUCUGUUAUUCCCCUGGAAGCGUUGUUUCAUGAAGAUGCAAUGGGUGAUCCUUCUUUGUGGCCUCAAAUAGUCCCGGAGAAGUUAAGAUUGUUUUUAAUAGAUCAAGGGCCAGUUCAGAUAAAAAAGUCAGCUUAUCCUACAGAUAGUAAUUAUAGGGCAUUUUCAGACACUUGUUACACAACAAAAGCUAAAGAACAAUGA